AUGGAGAAAUACCGAAAGACAGUAGAUCCUGCCCACCCGUAUCAGGGUCCUAAUGCUUUGGAAUGGGACAACACCGACUUUGAGACGUUUAUAAAACAACACCUAUGGACGAAAACGGCGAAGGAAUACAUGCGGGUUAUCAUUCGGAGCAUUUCGUCGAUGGAGCCUUCAGAACAGUCUGUGUUGGCUCUCAUGAUGUCAGUGGCUGGAUCGGGUGGUUUUGAACCUAUGCUCGAGGUCACAGAGGAAUCAGCUCAGGGGUUAAAGGUCAAGGAUGAUGAAGUAGUCACUGUGUCCUGUCAAAACGGUCUGCAGGUGACUGGCCAGAGACUCAUUAUAGCCACGCCCCCUUCAGCAACAGAUAAAAUCACAUUCGAACCAAUACUUCCGGUUGAACGAAGAGAAAUCCACAAGAGAUACGUGUUCGGAGAUUACAUAAAAGUUAUUGUAACAUAUGAGGAGGAGUUUUUGGCCCAAAAAGGGUUUAGUUGGUGAGAUAGAGACAAAUGGUGGACCAAGCCAUG